CUUUAAUGACCAUGAUUUAAAUCGUGACUCUUCCGUUUACUCUUUGACUUCCUAUCGACAUUGCAAGCCAUCACAUAGCUAAUACCUGCAACUUAGAACUUGCCCUUACAUAUAGUUCAACGCACUUCACUUUGUUGUACCACCUCUGCUGAGAGGAGAGAGCUAUGGCAGCCAUCACCAAAAGCAAGCGACCCCUUGAAGAGCCCCAAGAAGAACGCAAAGUCAAAGUCACAAAGACCAAGAAACAAGCAUCACCUACAUCACCGACCUCACCUGCUGACUUCACCACAAUCAUGGCUUCUCAAUUAGCUCUCAUCGAAGCAUCCACUCGCACACCGUUUGAGAAGAGUGUGUGGACACUUCUCUGCCAGAUUCCACGGGGGAGCUUCUCAACAUACGGUAUCAUGGCCGCCCAUUUAAAGUCGUCACCAAGAGCUGUAGGCAAUGCGCUGCGACGAAAUCCAUUUGCACCAGAAGUACCAUGUCACCGCGUUGUAGCUACUGGAGGUGCGCUGGGUGGGUUCAAGGGGAAGUGGCCAAAAGAUGGUGAGGGAAUCACUCUUGAUGAGAAGAGGAAGCUUUUGAGAGGCGAAGGGGUGAGAUGGGAUGAUAAGGGGAAGGUUAUAGGAACACCCUUUGGUGGAUUUACAUGAAUUACCUUAGUCUCUAUGAGAUAUUAACUUUAUUUUGUGUACAACAAUGAACAUCAUGAAGUUGAGUACCUCAUUCAACAU